AUGGACUCGGUACGCGUCUUCUACGAGCUUUCUAAUGAUCUGAUCCGAGAAGGUUGUACUGAUCGAGCUGCAGUAGUUGAAUUAAAUGAGAUGGUCACAGGUCGUUGGCGACGAUUAAGUGGGCUUGCAGAAGAACGGAACAAACUUCUAAAGGCUGCCAUAGUUUGUUAUAAAACUUAUCUCACUGGGGUCUAUCCUAUUCUUGACCAGCUGGAAAAGGAUUAUAGUCAGAAUCCUGAUCGUGACUGGUGCUCUGUCAGGGCGGGAGAAACACCUCAGGAAAGGGUCAAUGUCAUAUCCGAAUUGCUUAGUAAGCACAUGGACUAUAAAGAUAGAUUUCUCAAAGGAUGUAUAUACGCCCAGAAAACUAGUGAACUGUUUCUCAAAUAUAUUGAGAGAACCAGUAGUGGCGUCCAGAAUAGACUUGAUAGUGAAAGGAUCAUACGAAUGAAAUCUGAUCUACGUGAACGGCAAUCAAAGAUACUUGAACUAUGGACAAAGAAAAAGAAACAGUUGGAUAGAUGUCAACAAUUCGUACUGAUGGAUGCAACUCGUCAUGUCAUAGUCGACUGGUUAUGUGGAGAAGGAGAACGUCGUCUUUCAGAAUUUAUCAGUAAGGGCAUUGCUGAUCAAGCUACAUUAGAGGAUUUCCACACUUUCAAACUUAUAGUCAAGGAAGAAAGAGCUAAGAUCCAGACUCUUUUGUGCAUGGCUGGUCCCAUCAGGGACGAGGCCAAGCAGCAUGCUGCUGACAUCGCUGAGUGCAUGGACGAUGUGCGCCUUCGAUUCGAAAAAUUUUCACGUAGAGUAGCUGAGUGCGAAACUAUUCUCCGAGGUGGGAAACCAUCUCCGGUUUACAUUGCUGAGUAUGAUGCUGCAGAAGCAAAUUCUACGCUUCCCAUCGUAUUAAAAGAUCGCCGUCAUGCAAUAUUCGGCAACUAUGAAAAACUGUACGCAUUUCAUUCUGAAAAAUUCUUCCACGAACUCUCAAAGUAUGAAGAUGAUCCAGAAGAAGUUGGCUGCUCCUUUACUGUUUGGGUGGAUUACCUUAAUGAGCUCUACACCGAUUACUGUGUAAAUAUGGAGCAAAAUAACCAUGUUGUUGCAUUGCCUGAGGCCGUCUCUUUUUUCGAAGUAGGUUUACUCUCCUUCAUCCGCUUUACCUGAUU